GUAGAAAUGGGAGACAGUAUGUCGAAGAGAUUAAAGCUGGUGACAGCGUCUGAGUCGGAGAUGGAGGAGCGCUCAUUUCCUAACCCUUUUCCUGACUGGGACCAUGGAGUCCUCACAUCUUCACCCUCAGCAGCUAACAGCAGCACCGGAGACACUUUUGAUGCAAAUGGAAAGAUCACAGAGGCCUUCCAGAAGAAAGUACAGAAUAAGAUUAAAGAUCUUCUCCAGCAGAUGGAAGAGGGACUAAAGACUGCAGACCCGCAUGACUUCUCCACCUACACUGGCUGGACAGGAAUUGCCUUGCUGUACCUGCAGCUGCACCGUGUGAGUGGUGAUUCCUCUCACCUGCAGCGCUCUCUGGAUUAUGUUAAGCGUACGCUGCGCAACUUGAACGGCCGGAAAGUCACUUUUCUGUGUGGUGAUGCCGGACCGCUGGCCGUUGCUGCCGUCGUCCACCAUCGACUGAAGAACCAGGCUGACUCAAAGGAGUGCCUCACCAAGCUGCUUCAGCUUCAGCGCUCAGUCAUCAGUCCAGACUCGGAGAUUCCAGACGAGCUGCUGUACGGCCGUGCUGGAUACCUGUACGCCCUGCUGUACGUCAACAAAGAGAUCGGCCCAGAAACCGUGGAUGAGAACACCAUCGCUAAGGUAGUGACAGCCAUCUUGGAGUCAGGGAAGAACUUGUCCAGAGAAGAGAAGAAGACAGAACGAUGCCCGCUGCUCUAUGAGUGGCAUAAGAAGCAGUAUGUUGGAGCAGCACAUGGACUGGCAGGCAUCUACUACAUGCUGAUGCAGCCCGUGGCUAAGGUUAAUCCUGAAAUUCUGACUGAGCUGGUCCGGCCAAGUAUAGAUUAUGUGCGGCACAAAAAGUUCCGCUCGGGCAACUACCCAUCAUCCCUCAGCAACGAGACAGACAGACUGGUGCACUGGUGCCACGGAGCGCCGGGCGUGGUUCACAUGCUCAUCAUGGCACAUAAGGUGUUUAAGGACGAGAAGUAUCUGAAGGAUGCAGCAGAGUGUGGCGAGGUGAUUUGGCAGAGAGGUUUACUGCGCAAAGGCUAUGGCAUCUGUCACGGCACCGCCGGCAACGGCUACGCUUUCCUCUCCCUGUACAAGCUCACACAGGAGCAGAAGUACCUGUACCGUGCCUGCAAGUUUGCGGAGUGGUGUCUAGACUACGGAACGCACGGCUGCCGUAUUCCAGACCGACCAUAUUCCCUCUUUGAAGGAAUGGCUGGAGCGAUCCACUUCCUCUCAGACAUCGCCCUGCCAGAGGCUUCUUGCUUUCCUGCCUUUGAACUUUGACCUGGGCUUCUGGGAGCACUGACUUUUAUUUCGAACAGUUCUGAGGUGGUGAAAGCUUUUCCGGGCUCUUCCAGCACUGAACAGUACCACUGAACUUGCGCAGAUGCAAAAAAGAAAACUCCCCACCUUCUGCCUAUAACUUUAAAACAAGCCACCUUGAGCUCUGUCACUGUAGCUUCCAAGUCUUUGCCCUUUCUGUGUUUUUUUUUAUUUUAUUAUUUUUUUUUAAUAUAAUUUUUUUAAUGUAAAAAUUAUCUGUUUGUUCCCACCCACUGAACUGAUUAAUGUUUUCGCUUCCAAGGCUUAGCAUUCAGUUGAAAUUGGGUCUUUGUGCUGCAUGCUUGUGUUCUGAUUUGUACUGCAGUGCCUCAGUUGACCUCGUCUUUGUCUCGUGUGUUCCAGUCCUGUCUUUGUUGUCUAUGCAUGGGGAUGGCUGAAAUGAGCUUGUGUAAGCUUUUGGCCAAAUUACUGAGAUCUGUAAUAUCAGUUAAGCGUCUACAAUGGCAUGGGUUUCGCUAUGUGUCUGUAUGUUGAAACUGAUAUUGAGAUUGAUAACUCGAUGAAAGAUUGUGAGAAAAAUGAACCAAAACUUUCCAGUAAAUAUCAUUUCACGAGGCAAUGAUGUUAUGAAUGUUACAAUAAAUUGGGCUUCUUCAACUGAA